AUGGGAAAGACAACUGGGUACAAGUUGCUUACUGGUAACUAUUUCCACCAGGACAGCAAGGUUCCCACCAUCGCAUCGUUUACUGCUCGCUGCACGCCAGAAGGCUUUUUUUCGAUUGCUGUUCCCAGUACACAGACUGCACCAAGACUGGAUCUAAAUUCUAUUCGACUACUUGGCAACAGCACAGAAUGUGACCCGGUGGCAAGUAACAAUAUGUUUCUGCUGUAUGAAUUCCCUCUUUCUUCCUGUGGGACAACAUUCAAGGUGAUUGGGGAUCAGGCAGUGUACGAGAAUGUGCUGCAGGCCACAAAAACGAUACAAACCUGGAACAGGAUAUUCAUCUCCAGAGACACCACAUUCAGGUUGCUGAUUCGUUGCAGUUUUGCAGUCACUGGCUUUCUGCCACUGAAAGUCGAUGUGGUAACAUUUCCACCUCCACCACCAGUAUCCAGUGAAGGUCCAUUGUUGUUUGAGAUGAGGCUUAGUGUAGAUUCUCAGUAUAACUACUACUAUGAAGACCUUGAUUAUCCACUGGUCAAGGUACUGGGAGAUCCAGUGUAUGCUGAAGUUCGGAUACUUCAAAAGAAUGAUCCACAACUCGUCCUUGUGCUGCACCAGUGCUGGGCUACCCCAACUGAUGACCCAUUAGAUGAGAUGCAGUGGCCAAUACUUGUUAAUGGAUGCCCAUUUACUGGUGACAAUUACAUCUCUAAGCAAAUACCAGUUGAUAGGAGCUCAACAGUUAUGUUCCCAUCACAUUACUCCCGCUUCAGUCUAAAGACCUUUGCCUUUGUGGAUGAAAAAACUGGUCAAGCCCUCGAAGGCCAGAAAGUUGAGGGUGUUCUCUCCGGACUGGAGGUAUUACUGGUAGAAUGGGGUAAAAUAAAGCAAAGCUUGAAAAUGGAAAACCAUCACCGCUACCACGUCUCAAAGUCUGCAAAAAGGUCGAGAGUCCUUUUGGAGAACAGAGGGACUGCUCUGGUCUCCUCAGCAACCCCGGUUUACUUUGAGACAUCACUGCAAAAUGCACGGAAGGAGCUAGUCCAUGGAGUCCGAAGACUGUCCCAGGCAAAUGAUCAGAUGAACAUCUCAUUGGUGAUCCUGGGGAUUUUGGGGGUUUUGCUCUUGACUCUUUCUAUCUGGGCCUUUAACAGACGGCACAAGUCUAGGUCUCUGCUCAUCAGCAAACCACCCUCUGUGGAAAAGUCCAUACCUAUCAGGACUGUAUCCGGUGAAGUGGUCAUGUCUUGA